AUGGCAGCCGGCAAGGAAGCUCAGCAGAGCACACCUGUAUACCUGGGCGCCCUGCUGGAUGCCGGGGAGGGUGCCACCAUGACUUUGGUGGUGGGGGAGACGCGGCUGGUGGCGCACAGAGCAAUCCUAGUUGCCGGGAGCGCCGUGUUCACUGCAAUGUUCCGCCACGACACGGCAGAGUCCGGCAGCGGCCUCGUCGACAUAACAGAUGUGAACAGGCCAGUGCUGAAGGAGCUGCCGACGUACAUGUACACCCUUCGUGCCCCGCAGCUGGCGAGCCUGGCCCCGCAGUUACUAGUCGCUGCCGACAAAUACGGUGUGGCGAGCCUGAAGGCCCAGUGUGAGCAGCAGCUGGCCACUGUACUGACAGUGGAAAAUGCAGCGGCCACAGGUGUUCUUGUGGUGCGACACUGGUGCCCCGGCCUUAGGCAGACCACCGUCUCCUUCGUAAAGGGCCACAUGUACCAAGUGAUGUCUUCUGGCUGCGUGUGUACUGCAUCAGCCCAGCCCUGCGUGGCCAUCAUAGAGGUCAGCAGGCUGCUGGCGGAGACACCACCUGAAUUGAGCCCCGGCGCGGCUCCCCGCCACACUACUACGCCACCUGAUGACGCGGCCAUCUCUCGCCUCCAGAGUCUCUCUGAAGAGGAAAUGGGGGGGGGGGGGGGGAUGCUGAUAGAGGUGGCCAAGGAGGGGGUGACAGAAGAGCUGAGCGAGUUACUGGUGGCAGGGGCCAAAAGCAGGAGCUGGUGGAUAUACUGA